CGUAUUGCUACAAUUCACAGUUAUUUGCUUGCUACUUUUUUGUUUGCUCGUGCUUUUAGACAUGCCGGAACAAUGUUUCAUUGUUCUAACCGUAUAUGGUAAAAUGCUACGUAUUUUACGCAUUGUACGUUUUUUAGAAAAUCUGAUUGAAACUGCACUGGUUAUUUUUAUUUUUACGUAUUUUAGUGAAAAUAUUUUCUUAAAUGUAGAUUGGGGUUGUUGUAUAUGUGAAUUGGUAAAGCGUGCAUCUUGAAGAUGGGAGCAACGUGUCUUUAGUCUCCAAUAUUUUAUUCGUGUUACUUUGUUCACACAAUAUAGUAAAUAGUCGUAAACUUUAGCAUUUUCUGUCGUUUAAAAGUGCUAAAUGUAAUUUAAGUUUUUUUUAAGUAAUGAUUACUAGAGGGCGCCAAAUAUCCCCAGUGCUUCACGGGCCUUUCCAAAUCCAUUAUAUGGCCUCCAGCUAAGAUAAACUUGUUUGACUUGCUUAAUAUAAACUUGUGUGACCUGCUUACUGGUAUCAUUACGUAAUGUUUAAUUAUUUAACCCCAAGUAUGUAUUGAUCACUGCGUGCUGUGCGUGACGUUUAAAUUAUUUCAAACUUAAUUUAUAUUAAGCACUGCUUGGUGUACUGUAUGUGUGUGGCUGCCCUCCCAACGAAUCCACAAUGCCUAUCGAACUGGCCAUGCCGCUUUAUCUGUCCAACGAGGAGUUUCUGAAGCAGAGAAUGUCCAAAUUCAGCAGGCCUUUGCGGCCAUGCCUGCACCAGUUUAGUUUCAGUUCUCGCAGAGUCAGCGCACCCCUGCCAGUGCCUGGCAAAGCCAAGAAGCGGGUAUCAUUUGCUGAUCACAAGGGUCUUAAUCUGACAGCAGUGAAGGUCUUCUCCGAAUAUGAUGACCCCAUAGAAAUCCCAAGCGACAUUGAGCGUUUUUUAACCUCUUCGCUUACUCUUCAAGAAGAAAAGAACAAACGAAUCCUGGACUUCGACCAGCCAUCCGCAGAUUACGUGAAGUUUCGCCAGCGUAUAGAAAAUGAUCACGUCUGCCUUGAACACUGCAUGCUUAAGGAGAAAUGUAUAGCAGGUACGGUCAAAGUCAAAAACCUUUCCUUUGAGAAGUCUGUGAAACUCCGCAUUACGUUUGACACUUGGAAGACCCACACUGAUGUAGAAUGCCAGUACGUAAAGGACACCUACACCAGCUCAAACCGUGACACUUUUUCAUUCAAAGCAAAUUUACCUGAUCAAGUGGCUCCACAUGAAUGCAUUGAGUUUGCCAUCUGCUAUGAGGUCAAUGGACUUGCACUCUGGGACAACAACCAAGGACAGAAUUACAAAAUCAUUCAGUCAACGAUGAAAAAGAGUUCGAGUGAGUCUAGUGAUGGCCAGCAGCAGUGUGGCGUGAGUGAUUGGGACGUUAAUUUUGACAGAUAUGGCAGCCCUCGAUGUUCUAAUGGAAUCGUUCCCAAUUGGCCAAGUUACGCUGGAUAUGAAGACAUUGGUCCGUAUUACUAAGAGUCAUCAUCAAUAAUGGACUACAUUUUGCAAUGGAAUGAGUUAUGUUUUUUUUUUAAAUAUGGUUCAUGGUGCAAUACAAAUGUGUAAUUAUGGAGCAAAUUGCAUUUGUUUUUACAUGCUUGUAGGAUGCAUUUAUGUUAGUUUUGCAGGGAUGUUUUUUUUUUCUUCAGAUUUGAGAUUUGUAUAUAUUCUGUCCUGCUGCUACUCUCUGUGGACCUUGGAAAAAUGUAUAGUUAAUUUCUUACUUGGUAUUGUGCUUAAUGACUGGCCAGUAUGUAUUCUAAACCGUACGUUGUGACUAUAUACCUUCGGUUUAAAGAAUGUGCUGUUUUUCUAUCGAAAAGCCGAAUUGGCAGCUGAAGGCAAAAAAGAGAUUGACCUAAGAAAAGGAUACGUUUUUUUUUCUUCUCUAUGAAUGUAAAACAAUGAAAUAUGACUUUUCCUGAAUGAACCUUGAUUGAUAUAUGCUGUUAAGUAUGCUACAUUUCAUGUUUUUUUAAAUGCUAAACAAAACUCUAAAGAAAGUCACUGUGUUUUUUAUUAGAUAUGGUGUAUUCUCACUGAAAUUGUCUACACAACAGGAUUAUUCUAGUUCGCUGUUACGUUGAUGUGUAUUUAUAUAUAAUUUGUUCUGGAUAAUGUAUGCACUUUAAUUUGUUGCAGUGUUUAAUUCCUUUUCACCCAUUUUAAUGUUUAUACCUGAACACAGAUUUGUCAGGACCACUUUAAAGACUUUGUUGAAAAGAAGUUCUUUUGGCGGUAUUGGGUACAUUCAAUAUGUGCAUUUUAAUGCAAUGUUUUAAAUGUUCCCCCAUUUGUUGGAAAUCGAAAUAAAGUAUUAGCGUUUGAAGCAGUUGA